AUGGGCUGCCGAGGUACUACUACACUCCAUUUCUAUUAUUCCAGAUCUAUCGAUGCUAACACAUACUGCUCUAAGCAAAUCCUGAACGUAUGGAGACGGGGAAAAGACAUUAAUGACCCGAGGGCCCUAUGGGGUGACGAGUUGGAGUAUGUAAUGGUACAAUUCGACCCUUCGCAAUCUCGUGCAACGGCCGUACUGGAUCAAGAGAACGUCUUAAGUCGGUGGAAUGAUCAGGUUUCCAGCAAGUUAGGACGAGCAUUAAUCAAAGAUCUUUUGGGGCCUACACAAUAUCCCCUGACCAUUGCUCACUUUCCGCGCUUGGGUACCAAAGGCCAAUUCACGACCCCCCACUAUCACACCUCGCAGAGAGACAUUCAUCACAGAAUGAUACCACCUCAAGUGGAGGCUCCGGGGCUUCGGUAUGUCUAUACAAACCAACAAGUCCUUAGUCGACGACAACGUCCAUUCCGCCUCCAUGCCCCAAUAUAUAGGGAUCGGAACACGCCGCGACCUUUUAUAGAUGAAGACUGCUUAGCCGAAGGAGCAUUGUUGAGGAAAGAUAAUGUCUAUCUCGAAGGGCAGGCGUUUGGUGUAGCAUGCUGCGCACUCCAGAUCACAGUUCAAGCUGCAAAUGAACCUGACGUGAGAUGGCUACACGACCAAUUAGUCGUUCUAGGUCCUAUAAUGCUAGCUUUAACUGCAGCAUCCCCUAUCUAUAAAGGUUAUCUGGCUAAUACAGAUUCGCGAUGGGACUACCUAGCUGCCAGUUUUGAUAUCCGUACUCAAGAGGAAGAGUGCAAAUUCCUGGGGACUCCUAAGCAAUGUUGUUCAAGUCCACUAAUGCGCUGGUCUUCCAACCGGGUGUACCUCUCUCAUGAACGACCAGCGGGUAUAGCAAAUGCCUGUGGGCAAGUUCAGGUGGACGAAUCAGCAAGACGACAGCUUCUCGAUGGGGGAAUGGACGAAACCAUAGCUUCGUACUUUUCCAACCUUCUAUGGCACGAUCCGCUGUGGCUAAAUCAAGAUGCAAUCGAACUGAGCAGCCCGGACACCACUCAUAUAUUCGAGAAGUUUCAACAUGGAGUGUGGAGGCAUGUUCACCUGAAAAUGCCGGAAGCUAGCACAGGGUCUGGAUGGCGGGUUGAGUUCCGCCCCAUGGAAGUUCAACCCAAGGAUUCGGAAAACGCAGCAUUCGCGGUGUUCAUGUUAUUAUUGUCCAGGGCCAUAUUGGCGUACCGGUUGAACUUCUAUAUCCCCAUCGAUUUAGUGACGGAGUCCAUGCAACGAGCACAAAAGCUUGAUGCCGUGACUAAGGAACGCAUUUGGUUUCGGGGACGGGACUGGGCUCCAGAUGGGCUGGAUUCUAUUCAAUGCAAUCCUCAACACGGCUGCGCUCAGUCACAAAAGGAAGACGUAUAUGCUCUAAUGACCAUUGAUGAGAUCAUCAACGGCGAGCACUCGAUGUCACCGGCUCGAUUCCCUGGACUAGUCCCCAUCGUUCGAUCAUAUCUGUUGGAACGGGAUUUGCUUCCCAAUGAAGAAGCCAAGCUGAUGCAAUAUCUCAAUCUCAUCAGUUGUCGGGCGAGUGGUAGUCUGCCAACUCCUGCCAGGUGGAUGAGAGACUUUGUUGCUAAGCAUGAAGACUAUCAACAUGAUAGCGUUGUGAGCGAAAGGAUCUGCUAUGAUAUGCUGAGAGAAGUUGUGAAUAUGAAUGAAGCUGAUUGA